AUGAGCAGAGCGCUUCUCCAUGGCAGACGAUGGGCAACUGCAUCCGCACUGCUGGAGAAAGUGCAAAUCAGCAAUUGGGAACCAGAACGGUUUAUCCGUUAUUCUCGGAUAGAGGAAAACAUUGAGAUUGUAAGAAAAAGAUUAAAACGGCCGCUCACAUAUGCGGAAAAAGUAGUAUAUGGGCAUUUAGAUGAUCCAUAUGAACAAGCCAUUGAACGGGGAAAGACAUAUCUACGGCUACGGCCAGACCGUGUAGCAUGCCAAGAUGCAACAGCACAAAUGACGAUUUUGCAGUUUAUGAGCUCAGGAAUCCCAGAUGUAGCAGUUCCAACGACGGUGCACUGUGACCACUUGAUUGAAGCACAGAUUGAUGGAGUUAAAGACCUUAUGCGUGCACGGGAUAUUAAUAAAGAGGGUCAGAAGUUUAUAUAUGCGCAGGUUUAUGAGUUUUUAUCAGCAGCAUGUGCAAAAUACAAUAUUGGUUUUUGGCGGCCGGGAUCAGGGAUUAUUCACCAGAUUAUCUUGGAAAAUUAUGCAUUCCCGGGAGGACUCAUGAUAGGAACAGAUUCUCAUACACCAAAUGCAGGGGGACUUGGGAUGGCAGCUAUUGGGGUUGGAGGAGCAGAUGCAGUAGAUGUAAUGAUUGAUAUUCCAUGGGAGCUUAAAUGCCCAAAGGUAUAUGGAGUACGGUUAACGGGGAAAUUAAGCGGAUGGACAUCACCAAAAGAUGUCAUUCUUAAGGUAGCGGGUAUUUUUACAGUGAAAGGAGGAACCGGUGCAAUUAUUGAGUAUUUUGGACCAGGAGUAGAAUCGUUAUCGUGUACGGGUAUGGGUACGAUAUGUAAUAUGGGAGCGGAGAUUGGAGCAACGACAUCGUUAUUUCCAUAUACACAAAGAAUGGCUCAAUAUUUGAAUGCAACGAAGAGGUCAUAUAUAGCAGAAUAUGCAAAACGUUAUCAGCACAUUUUAUCGGCAGAUGAGGGUAGUGAAUAUGAUAAAAUUGUUGAAAUUAAUUUAUCGGAACUUGAACCACAUAUUAAUGGGCCUUUUACACCGGAUCUUUCAACACCGAUUUCCAAAUUUAAAGAGGCAAUUAAGGAGAAUAAUUGGCCGAAAGAGCUGAAAGUAGGGCUUAUUGGGUCGUGUACAAACUCGAGUUAUGAAGAUAUGAGCCGAUCGGCAUCAAUAGCGAAGAAUGCGUAUGAACAUGGUUUAACGGUGAAAAGUAAAUUUACAAUCACACCUGGAAGUGAACAGAUUCGAGCAACGAUUCUUAGAGAUGGUCAAUUGAAAGUUUUGGAAGAUGUUGGUGGUAUUGUAUUGGCUAAUGCGUGUGGACCAUGUAUCGGACAGUGGGAUAGAAGAGAUGUUGAGAAAGGCCAAAAAAAUUCUAUUAUCACGAGUUAUAAUAGAAAUUUUGCUGGACGAAAUGAUGCGAAUACAUCAACCCAUGCAUUUAUUUCUUCACCCGAUAUUGUAACGGCUAUGGUGUUUGCUGGAGAUUUGUCAUUUAAUCCGAUAACGGACACGUUAACGGGCGCCGAUGGGAAAGAAUUUAAGUUAUCGCCGCCUAAUGGGGAUGAAUUGCCAUCAAGGGGAUAUGAUCCAGGGGAAAAUGCUUAUCAAGCACCACCCGAAGAUCGCUCUUCCAUUAAUGUGAAUGUUGAUCCGUGUAGUGAAAGGUUGCAGUUGUUAAAGCCAUUCGAAAAAUGGGACGGGAAAGAUCCUCUUAAUAUGCCCAUUUUAAUAAAAUGUAAAGGAAAAACUACAACGGAUCAUAUUAGCAUGGCAGGUCCUUGGCUUAAAUACCGUGGUCACCUUGAUAAUAUUUCGAACAACAUGUAUAUUGGUGCUAUUAAUGCAGAAAAUGGAGAAGUGAAUAAAGUAAAGAAUCAAUUGUCCGGGAAAUAUGAAAAAGUUCCUGACGUAGCACGUGCCUAUAAAGCAAAGGGUAUAAAAUGGGUAGUUAUUGGUGAUUCGAAUCUUGGUGAAGGUUCGAGUCGUGAGCAUGCUGCUUUAGAACCACGACAUUUAGGGGGGUGUGCAAUUAUUGCUAAGUCGUUUGCUCGCAUCCAUGAAACUAACUUAAAGAAACAAGGGAUGCUUCCUUUAACAUUUGCUUGCGAAUCGGAUUAUGAUAAGAUUUCUUCUGAUGAUAGAGUAGAUAUAAUUGGUUUGACUGAUUUUGCCGAAGGCAAAAAUUUAACCCUUCGUAUUCAUCCUAAAAAUGGUCAAGUUUGGGAAGCCGUAUUGAAUUCAACAUUCAAUAAUCAACAAAUAGAAUGGUUCAAAGCAGGUUCCGCUUUGAAUUAUAUGGCUUCUCAAAAAAAAAAGAUUGAUGACUUCGAUAAGUUAGUUUUGAAACACUAA